UUUGCCUGUGGAGAAGGCAGCACGUCCUGCCCAGGGACGCUGGCCCUCGGCAGCACCUGCAGCUCCCAGCUGCUGCCCCCGGAGCAGCUGCCCAGCACAGGUACCGACCGAGCACAGCAGAGCUGCUCCAAGGGCCACGCCAAGUCUCUGAGUGCUUCUGAGGGGCUUCGCUCCACAGAUUUUCCCUUCUGGCUUUACAAGAUCUGAGGGGUUUUUAUUAUUUUUUUUUUUACCUGCUCCUGUCUUGAGCAACUGGUUGUUGUUGCAGAGGUCACAGAGGACUGGUGGAGGCUCCCGACUCUGGCAUUGGGAAAUAUGACAGCAGAAGUGAAUGCUCCUUAGCAUAAGGGAUUUACCGAAGAAGAAAGACAAAAUGCCUUUCAAAGGGCUUGGUUCACUGAAAGAAAGAUUUUUUAACCCAGGAAAGGAAGACGUGAAGAACACCAUUAGUGACUCGCUGGGGAAUCUGAGAAGGAAGAUUGAUGGCACCAAUGUGGAGGAGGAGGAUCCCCUUGAGCUGACGGCGGAGGGGCGGCCCGUGCCGGCCAGCAGCCAGCAGCCGGCGCGGUGUGAGUGCUACUGCUGUGGCCUGCCCAAGCGCUACAUCAUCGCCAUCAUGAGCGGCCUGGGCUUCUGCAUCUCCUUCGGCAUCAGGUGCAACCUGGGCGUGGCCAUCGUGGAGAUGGUCAACAACAGCACUGUCUAUGUCGAUGGAAAGCCAGAGCUGCAGACAGCCCAAUUCAACUGGGAUCCAGAGACUGUUGGACUCAUUCAUGGCUCUUUUUUCUGGGGUUACAUUGUGACACAAAUUCCAGGAGGGUUCAUCUCAAACAAACUAGCUGCUAACAGGGUAUUUGGGGCAGCUAUUUUUCUAACAUCUACACUGAACAUGAUCAUCCCUUCAGCAGCAAGAGUGCAUUAUGGCUGUGUGAUGUUUGUAAGGAUUCUUCAAGGUUUGGUGGAGGGUGUCACGUACCCAGCCUGCCACGGGAUGUGGAGUAAGUGGGCCCCACCACUGGAGAGAAGCAGGUUGGCUACUACUUCAUUCUGUGGGUCUUACGCAGGUGCGGUGGUGGCCAUGCCACUGGCAGGUGUGCUGGUACAGUAUAUAGGAUGGUCAUCAGUCUUUUAUAUUUAUGGAAUGUUCGGGAUUAUUUGGUACGCGUUUUGGCUGCUUCAUGCCUAUGAGAGCCCUGCUGUGCAUCCAACAAUAACCAGUGAAGAAAGGAUAUAUAUAGAAACAAGUAUAGGAGAAGGAGCCAGCCUAGCUAAUGCAAGUAAAUUUAGUACUCCCUGGAAGAGAUUUUUCACUUCAAUGCCAGUUUACGCAAUCAUUGUGGCAAACUUCUGCAGAAGCUGGACCUUCUAUUUGCUCCUUAUAAGCCAGCCUGCUUACUUUGAAGAAGUCUUUGGAUUUGCAAUAAGCAAGGUUGGCCUUUUGUCAGCAGUUCCUCACAUGGUCAUGACAAUCAUUGUGCCCAUUGGAGGGCAACUGGCUGAUUUCUUACGGAGCAGGAAGAUCUUAACCACUACCACUGUAAGGAAGGUCAUGAACUGUGGAGGCUUUGGGAUGGAAGCAACCUUGCUUUUGGUGGUUGGUUAUUCUCACACAAAAGGUGUGGCUAUUUCCUUUCUGGUGUUAGCAGUAGGCUUCAGUGGCUUUGCAAUUUCAGGCUUCAAUGUGAAUCACUUGGACAUAGCUCCUCGUUAUGCCAGUAUUCUGAUGGGGAUCUCCAACGGCGUGGGGACGCUGUCGGGAAUGGUGUGCCCACUCAUUGUUGGUGCAAUGACAAAACAUAAGACCCGUGAAGAAUGGCAGAACGUCUUUCUGAUUGCAGCCCUGGUGCAUUACACUGGCGUGAUAUUCUACGCUAUCUUUGCUUCUGGGGAGAAGCAGGAAUGGGCUGACCCCGAAAACCUCAGUGAAGAGAAAUGUGGCAUAAUUGAUCAGGAUGAACUGGCUGAAGAAACAGAGAUGAACAAUGAAACUUUUGUAAGCCCAAAGAAAACGUACGGUGCUACCAGUCAAAAUAGUGAAGUACAGAGAAGGGAAUGGAGGAAGCAAAAGCAAAUAACUCAAGACAUGAAGGAACAGACUUCUUACCAUUAUGAAAAUGGAAAUUUUCAAGAUUUGUCUUAAUACUUGAAACUUAAGAUUCGUAUAGCUUCUCCCAUGACUCCUGCCUAGUUGUCCCAAAUCAAAAGGUAUCCAUAUUUAUUGUCUUACUCAUUUAUGUAACAUCUGGCUAUGUGGCUAGAUUUGUGAGGUGAUAGUUCCCUCCCAAAAUUGUGUAAGAAGGCUAACAACAAUGGGACUGGGAUAAGUGAUCCUAAAUCUUCUCCCAGCCUGCAUGGGUCAGCCAGCAUGACCUUGGGAGACCAGCCCCGGCAGGGCUCCUGUCUGAUGCAAGCUGUAGAACUGAAUGUAGGAGCAAGGAGCUCCCUCAUCACCUCAUCUGAACAGCAAAAGGACAAGUGAUAUCAGAUGAUGGAUCAACAGUGAUCUGUGUGAUCCCUGGGUCUCCUGUGGUGUCACAGUCUGUAGGGAGUGGCCCUCCUUUGCCUUUUUAGGAUUCCUGUAGGAUGGCAUUUGAACUGCUUAAUCCAUGUUGAACCACAAGCUCAUGCUGAAAGAUCAGAGCAGAGAGAAAAGCAGAUUUAUGACAGUGGGCUGUAAUUAAUUAUAGUCACUCAACAAGAGGAAGAGGAACAUGUGGCAGAGGUGGCACAAAUUGAUUGGCAGAUAUCUUUAUAUGCACACCCCAGAGAGAAUGGAUAAGACAAUAAAAUGGAUACUUUUAAAAUUUCUCCCCCUCCAAAGAGUUUGUGCUGGCAUGAAAUAAUUUUGAAUACAAAAUCAUUGUUAGUGAUGCAAUAUUAUUAAUCCUUAUGAAAGGAAAUCUUAGCCCUGGUUUGAUUAAGAUUCUCACUCAAUUCAUUAUUGUGAAGUAAUUUGAAUAUAUUUUUCUAGCAUUAUACUGAUAGAGUUCCUGAUCUCAACAGUCCUCGUUUAGGUGAACAAGCUUACUCACAGGAUUAAAGUAUUUAGUUCUGGAUCUAUAACUUUUCAAUGCCUCAGUCUUUUUCUUGCUAUAGAUGAAGCACUGCACCAUUUGAGAGUUAACAGGGUACCUAUAUAUAAAAGUAAUUAUCCUCUGCCAUUGAUAUAUAUUUGACAGGAUGAAGUGGCUUUAGCCUCUUUCUACCAUUUUUAGAAUCAAACAGUGGAGCAUGCUGUAUCAUCUCAAAUGGUUAGCUGCAAUUCAGACACUCAUUGUGGCAUUAAUACUCUUUUCACAAUGGAUAAUUUCAGUAAACUGUGAUUUAAUUUGUCUCUCAUUUUAACUACUGCCUCAUUAAAUUCAAGUGAAAGCUAUCUUGUCUAGCCUACUCUGUGCUUUGUGAUCUUUCAGUAUUAUUGUUCUCAUGUACCAUAUGCAGCCACUGUGAUGCAUACAAGAUUUGAACAUUUCUCAGAUACAUUUUGCUAUUUUAUU